CAGCUGCCUCUGGGUCACUCCACGAAAAGCUGCUUUUUCCAACUAAGGAAGCAGAGGGUCUCCUACAGCAGGAAGCCCGUUCUCACCAUGUCCUUCUCCUUUCAGCUGCUGCUGCUGCUAUUCCUAGGGACCCAGAGGACCCACUGUGCCAAACAGCAGGACGAUAAUUUAUUAGUUCUUACCGUGGCCACCAAGGAGACGGAAGGAUUCAGACGUUUCCAAAGAUCAGCUGCAUUCUUCAACUACGACCUCAAGGUCCUGGGAUCCGGCGAAGAAUGGCAUGGCGGAGAUAACGAGAAGACGGCAGGAGGCGGGCAGAAGAUCCGUCUCUUGAAAUCAGCUUUGGAAGAAUAUGCAGACAAGGAAGAUUUGGUCAUCCUUUUCACAGAGAGCUACGAUGUCAUCUUUGCGUCUGGGCCUGCGGAACUCCUGAAAAAAUUCAGACAAGCCAAGUCUAAAGUCGUCUUCUCGUCGGAGACGCUCAUCUACCCGGACCGAAGGCUUGAAACCAAGUACCCCCAGGUCCGAGAAGGGAAACGGUUUCUUGGAUCCGGAGGGUUCAUAGGUUACGCUUCUCAUCUGAACAAGCUUGUGGCAGAUUGGCAGGGCCUUGACAGCGAUAGUGACCAGCUGUUUUAUACUCAAGUCUUCCUGGAUCUCGCAAAGCGGGAGAGCAUCAAUAUAACUUUGGAUCACAGGUGUCGGAUCUUCCAAAACCUGAACGGCGCUCUAGAUGAAGUCGUUCUGAAAUUCGAAAACCAGCGAGUGAGGGCGCGCAACUUGGCCUUUGACACCCUUCCGGUUCUGAUCCAUGGCAACGGCCCCACCAAGCUGCAGCUCAACUACCUGGGGAACUACGUCCCUCAGACCUGGACCUUUGAGACGGGCUGCACUGUUUGUGACGAAGGCUUGAAGAGUCUGGAGGACCUGAAAGAGGACGCGCUGCCGGUGGUUCUGAUCGGGGUCUUCAUUGAGCAGCCCACCCCGUUCCUGUCCCAGUUCUUCCAGAGGCUUCUGAAGCUCCGCUACCCGAAGAAACGGACCCAGCUCUUUAUACACAGCCGCGAGAACCAUCACGACUCCCGCGUGGUUGCCUUUGUGAAUGAACACGAGCAAGAAUAUCGCUCCGUCAAAGUGAUCGGGCCGGGAGAUCGCUUGGAGAACGCCGACGCUCGGAACAUGGGCGCGGAUCUAUGCCGGCAAGACCCCAAAUGCGAAUAUUACUUCAGCCUGGACGCCGAAGUGGCGCUGAAAAACCCGGACACAUUGCGGAUCCUGAUUGAACGGAACAAGUUUGUCAUCGCUCCGCUCGUAAGCCGCCUUGGGAAGCUGUGGUCGAAUUUCUGGGGCGCCUUGAGUGCCGAGGGCUACUAUGCCCGCUCAGAGGACUACGUGGACAUCGUCCAGGGGCGGAGGACAGGCCUCUGGAAUGUCCCGUACAUCUCUAGCGUCUAUCUAAUCAAAGGCAAUGUCCUGAGAUCUCACCUUACCCAGACGGACCUUUUCCACAGCGGCAAACUGGAUGCAGACAUGGCCUUCUGCGAUAACAUCCGGAAACAGAGCAUUUUCCUGUUCGUGACAAAUCAACAGCAGUUUGGACACAUCCUCUCUGUGGAGAACUACCAGACGAGUCACCUGCACAACGAUCUUUGGCAGAUCUUCAACAACCCGGAGGACUGGAAGGAGAAAUACAUCCACGAAAACUACACCGCAGCCUUAAAAGGCAAAUUGGUAGAAACGCCCUGCCCGGAUGUUUACUGGUUUCCCAUAUUUACUGAAACGGCUUGCGACGAACUGGUAGAAGAGAUGGAGAAUUUCGGCCAGUGGUCCGGGGGAGACAACACAGACGCCAGGAUCCUAGGGGGUUAUGAGAACGUCCCGACGAUUGAUAUCCACAUGAACCAAAUCCACUUUGAGCGUGAGUGGUACAAAUUUCUCCUGGACUACAUCGCGCCCAUCACAGAGAAGCUGUACCCCGGAUACUACACCAAGACCCAGUUCGAGCUGGCCUUUGUCGUCCGGUACAAGCCUGACGAGCAGCCGUCGCUGAUGCCACACCACGACGCCUCCACGUUCACCAUCAACAUCGCCCUGAACCACGUUGGGAUCGAUUAUGAAGGCGGAGGCUGCCGAUUCCUGCGCUACAACUGCUCCAUCAGGGCGCCCCGGAAAGGCUGGACUCUGAUGCACCCGGGCCGCCUGACGCAUUACCACGAGGGCCUCCCCACCACCAAGGGGACCCGUUACAUUGCGGUGUCUUUUCUGGAUCCUUAGAGCGGCCUUUUCCGAAAGGAGGAAGAGAAAGAGAGAGCGAGGAGGGGGAAAUGUUUUCCUGCCAGCUUCUCUCCUCAAUAAGAAAACACCGGGAAUGGGAAUCCUUAAAUUCCCAAAUGGAUUAAAUUAGACUACCGACUUGUUGAAUCCUUCAAUCACAUG